GCCUCGCUUCGCAGCGCAGGGUUCGUGGUGAGGAGUGGACUGUGGAUUCAGGGAAUGAAUAGUGUUGUGUGUGUUAAGUGUAGUGUUUUGUUUAUAAAUUAAAACUCAUUUAAUUUCUUAUUAUUUAUCUUCUAAGUUAGAGCUGAUAAGAAGUUUGGGGUCAAUACAACGCACAUCCUAAUGUUCCUGAGGUAUAAAACUUUACACAACAUUUAAAAGGUGGAAGUUCCUGCCGUCCUACGCGGCUUAUUAAUAAAACAAAUGAAUAUGAUGAGCUUAUGAGACCGCCAGUUGCCAACUAUGGGAGUGGCGACUAUGGAGCGCGCGCGGUACAUAACGUGCGCGCUGCUGCUACUGUGUCCUCUGGCGCUCAGUCGGCACGAUGACGACUUCGCCUUCGACAACAGCGAGGAGUUUCAGGUCGAGCUAACAGCAAACCAUUCAGAAAUAGCAAAAAACGGCCUAAGAAGGUUAUGGGGUGUUCCUGACACAUCGGCCUACGUGGGACAUCUGUUCCGCAUGGAGAUACCUAAGGAGGCGUUCUCCGGCGAAGUAUCGGCUUAUAAGGUCCGCCGCGAGGAUGGCCGACGCAUGCCGACCUGGCUGGCCGUGGACUCGAAGCACGGCCUGAUCAGCGGCAUUCCGCAGCAGACGGACCUCGGACCGCACUCCUUCACCGUCACCGCGCACGGCCGCACCAGAGGCCUUACCGCCACCGACGCGUUCACCAUCGAGGUGAAGAAAGCGGAAGACAAGCCCCACUCCAAAUACGGCACGUGUAAAGGCAACGAGAGGCGCCUGGUCCUCGUGAUCCUCAUCGACGGCGCCUUCCACCAGAUCGCGCCGCGGCAGCGGAUACGCGCGCUCAUGGAGCUCGCCAACUUCAUGGCCCUUGACUGGGACGAAUUCUGGAUGGAGCCAUACAAGACAGAGUUGGCACAGACCCAGACCACGCUCAUGACGGGCCCGGGAACAACUCAGAGGAGGCGUGGAGACGCAACUACUGCUAUUUAUCUGAAUGUUGGUUGUGAAGAGAAGCUCUGGGCCCGACACAAGGUCCUGGUAGCAGGCAUCCGCGAACAGUCGCGCGACGGGACCCUGGCUCACGUACUAAGGCUGCCGGUCCUCGGCUGGCGGCUGACUGCUGUUAAACCGCUGCCCAGGCUUAAGAGACAGUCGAACCUCGACGAAGGCUCCGGCAUCGACGACACCUACGACGACGAAGACGACGGCGACUACAGCGGCUACGACGAGGAUGCCGACGACGACGACUACAGCCAUAUCGACAUCGGACCCGUGCCCGACCUGGUGGCCCCUCCCUCCUCGCAUCCACACCGCCACCACCACGGCGAGCCGCCACACACCACCACCGACACGUUUCAGACCGAGCCCCGGGAGACUACGACUAAGACUACUGACACUCCCACCCCCGCCCCGCCCUCUUCUACCCCUCUCCUCACCACCCAAACCACGCCCACAACCCCCCCACCCCCAACAACCCUCGAAGAAACCACCGCGCGCGAGGAAACCACUCCCGAGGUCGCCUCUACUAAUAUGUAUACCACGGAGGACCACCCAGUGAAGAUAACUCCUUACUCGGAAACCUCAUCGGAGAAUAACAAUGUCAAUUAUACUCAAGAACUGCCUGUCAGCCCAAGGCUUAUUGGUAUAUCGUCCAACUUGAUUCCAGAAAUAAUUCAAACUACCACAGAACUUGAUACGCAAACAAUAACAAUUCGCGAGACGUUCAAACUGCCGCCGCCUUCCUCAUCCGAACUACCGGUCACGGAGACGUCACCAGACGUACCCACUGUACCGGUGUCAUCCACACCGGUACCGACUACGGUGCCGAUACCGGUACCGAUACCACCGGUGGCUAAUACCACGGUGCCCACCACUACAACGGAAGCGUCGACCACGCCCACUGCCCCGCCCACUACCGUUCAGGAGACUACGACACAGGACAUAGUACCUUCAAGCGAAAGGUCGAGCACGAUCGUAGGUCGCACGACAGAAACGGUGACCUUCCCUAUGCCGGUCACCGUCCCGCUGCCGGUCAACCAGCCGCCGACCCUCAAGCACCACAUGAAGAAGCUCGCCAUCACUGCCGGCAAGGCCUUCAGAUACAUCAUCCCAGCAGACUUAUUCACCGAUCCGGAGGAAGGUAGCAAUCUCACGUUCACGAUGUACGAGGCAGAGAAUGUGCCGCUCAGCAAGACUUCGUGGAUACAGUUCAUUCCCUCGGGACGGGAAGUCUAUGGAUUGCCGCUGGAAUCGCACGUCUCCCGCUGGAACUUCAUAGUCGAGGCUCAAGACUCCGAAGGUCUGCUAGCCCGAGGUCCUCUCGACAUCACCGUCCAACAACACAAGAGUGGUAGAACAGUGAACCACCAGUUCAUCAUCACUUUCAAGCUUCUCCGCGACUACAAUAACACCAUCGACUGGCAGAUCAAGGCUUUGGAAGGACUGGUUAAUCUCUUCAGAGAUACGGAUAUGGAUCAUUUGACGGUUCUGAACGCGACCCAGAAUGGGGAUACGUGCGAAUUUGUUUGGACCAACGAUACGCUCCCGAAAGACCCUGCGUGUCCGAUGGAUGACAUCAAGCGGCUUAUGAAGAUCAUGGAAUCCGACUCAGAACCCGGCAGUCCCUCAGCCAGCCUAGCCCGCGCCAUGUCGCCCGAGCUCAAAGUGAGCGGCGUGGCGUGGCGCGGCGUGGGCCCGUGCGCGCCGGGCGUGCCCGCCACCCACGCGCCCGACACCUACCCGCCGGUCACCAGGAACCAGGUCGACCACCUCACGGCCACCGCUGGACAUCUGCUGCUGUAUAAAGUGCCUGAGGACACAUUCUUCGACCCAGAAGACGGCGGUACCCGCAACCUGCACCUAUCUCUCCGCUACAACGACCGGUCGGAACUGCCGGCCGGCCACUGGCUGCAGUUCGACUCGCGCAACCAGGAGUUCUACGGACUACCCGCGCCGGGCGAUGAAGGCCGCGUGCACUACCAACUGGACAUAGUACCUUCAAGCGAAAGGUCGAGCACGAUCGUAGGUCGCACGACUGAGACGGUGACCUUCCCCAUGCCGGUCACCGUCCCGCUGCCGGUCAACCAGCCGCCGACCCUCAAGCACCACAUGAAGAAGCUCGCCAUCACUGCCGGCAAGGCCUUCAGAUACAUCAUCCCAGCAGACUUAUUCACGGAUCCGGAGGAAGGUAGCAAUCUCACGUUCACUAUGUACGAGGCAGAGAAUGUGCCGCUAAGCAAGACUUCGUGGAUACAGUUCAUUCCCUCGGGACGGGAAGUCUAUGGAUUGCCGCUGGAAUCGCACGUCUCCCGCUGGAACUUCAUAGUCGAGGCGCAAGACUCCGAAGGUCUGCUAGCCCGAGGUCCUCUCGACAUCACCGUCCAGCAACACAAGAGUGGUCGAACAGUGAACCACCAGUUCAUCAUCACCUUCAAGCUUCUCCGCGACUAUAAUAACACCAUCGACUGGCAGAUCAAGGCUUUGGAAGGACUGGUCAAUCUAUUCCGAGAUACGGAUAUGGAUCAUUUGACGGUUCUGAACGCGACCCAGAAUGGGGAUACGUGCGAAUUCGUUUGGACCAAUGAUACGCUCCCGAAAGACCCUGCGUGUCCGAUGGAUGACAUCAAGCGGCUUAUGAAGAUCAUGGAAUCCGACUCGGAACCCGGCAGUCCCUCAGCCAGCCUAGCUCGCGCCAUGUCUCCCGAGCUCAAAGUGAGCGGCGUGGCGUGGCGCGGCGUGGGCCCGUGCGCGCCGGGCGUGCCCGCCACCCACGCGCCCGACACCUACCCGCCGGUCACCAGGAACCAGGUCGACCACCUCACGGCGACCGCUGGCCAUCUGCUGCUGUAUAAAGUGCCUGAGGACACAUUCUUCGACCCAGAAGACGGGGGAACCCGCAACCUGCACCUAUCUCUCCGCUACAACGACCGCUCGGAACUGCCGGCCGGCCACUGGCUGCAGUUCGACUCGCGCAACCAGGAGUUCUAUGGACUACCCGCGCCGGGCGACGAAGGCCGCGUGCACUACCAACUGAUUGCUGAAGAUUCAAGCAAGAAGAGCGCCUACGACAGCUUAGUAGUAGAAGUGGUGAAAGCACCAGCCAUUCGCCCUACAGUCGAGUUCCAAAUGACCAUGGACUACCCGUUCCCGCUGCUAGCGUAUGACGCGAAUAACAAGAGGAAGGUGGUGGAGAAAUUGGCAGCGCUCUUUGGUCAGAAGGAGACUGAGAACAUUAGGAUACACAGCAUCACGAAUAACCCUACUACUAUUAUUUGGUACAACACCAGCCUACCAAUGGACAGGUGUCCCAAGAAAGAGAUCGAGGAACUCCGAAAGAUGAUAAUCGUCGACUACCGCGGUUCCGCCGGCGGCGCGCUCAAAGAGAACGUCGACCACGUCUUCGAUAAGGACCUUAAGGUCAUGUCCAUAAGGCUCAUUCCACUCGGCCUGUGCGCGGAACAGAGCACCAAAGUACCCAAGACGACUAUACAAGUACAUCCAGGGUCGUCUUCUAACCAGCAAGGAAGUAAAACAGCGAGUGCCGACAACGGAUACCUAGUGACGUUCAUCAUACCAGCGGUGGUGAUCGUGUGUAUGAUACUGGUGGCUGGCGUCAUAGCGUGCGUGCUAUACCGACGGCGGCGUACAGGCAAGAUGAGCGUCGGCGACGAGGAGGAGAGGCAGGCCUUCCGCUCCAAGGGCAUCCCCGUGAUAUUCCAGGACGAGCUGGAGGAGCGUGGGGACACCGAACCCGUUCAUAAGAGCCCCGUCAUCAUGCGGGAAGAGAAGCCUCCUCUGCUGCCGCCGGCGCCCGACUACCGCGCCGGGGACGACGCGCCAUACCGCCCCCCGCCGCCCUUCGCCGCCACCCGCACGCCCCCUCGGCCCAAGGCCACGCCCACUUACAGGAAACCUCCCCCGUACGUACCGCCUUAAGACACUGCCUCACUUAAUUAAGUAUAGCAAGUAGAACGACCGCGUUUCGAGGUUCGAAC